AUGAAUAGAAAUUCCCCUGUAGAACGCAAUAACUUCCAACGUCCAUCACCCCCUCUUUCAAGGCCUAGAUCGCCUCAACAAGAUUCUACAAAAUUUGUGAAAAAGAUCAGUAGCACGAGAGAAUCACAAUCAACAAUGAAUGGCAAUUCAUCAACUACUGAUGAGAACCCUAGUGAGAAACACAAUGAUAAAAGUAUAAAGUUCAGGGAAAUACAUGGCUUACUUGAACCCACUGAGAAGAUCUUGAAGAUGGACAUCAUUUUGAGGCUGACUUUAAGUAAUAAAGAAGUGAAAAGAGAUACUUCUCAGCUGUUAGAUGAUUCCAUGAUUGAUGAUUUGAUCACCAGAUUCAAUAACACCUUAGAGAGAACAUCCGUACCUGUCAUUACGGUAAUUACAAACCAAGCUCGAGUAUUUUUUAUUGAUGGCUCGCUCAAUGUUAUGAUGGUUGAUUUGAAAGCAAAUCAAGGUGGAGAUUAUCUGAUGUACGACUACGAAUUCGAAAGUAUUAGUGUCGAAGAUGAAGAUGGAAGUAUUGAAGAAGGACAAGAGGUAUAUGGCUAUCUUAUCUUGGAGUUAAUAAGAGAGAAGGGUGAUUUAAUAUUCCUUAAAAGAGUCAGCGAUAUGAACUCGCCUUUAAUCAAAGAUUCUGUAAAGGUUCUCGAUAAAGAUGGACACGAAAUCAAACUCGGUAAAAAUUAUGGGUGGAUUGAUUGCCUUCUCAUGGCUAAGGAAAUGGUGGAUACUAAUAAAACAUCCAACAACAAUGGUAAAACCAAGAAAGCUCCGAAACAAGCGAAUAAAGGGCCAGGCAAAAAGCCAAAACAAAAGGUCCCUAGCUCGAGUAGUACAAGGUCAGAGGUUUCUUCAAGUGCGCCUAAGAAUGCCAACCCACUUAGUAAAUUGGCUUACGCUGCCGCUGCCGCAGCCCACAAGUAA